CUUUGCACUCUCUUUUUCUCUAAUCUCUGUGUUUUGGGUUUCUAGAGAGAGAGACAGAGGAGAGAGAGACAGAGUUUUGGAAUUGGGAUUUGGGGAUGUGGAAUUUGAAUUGAAUUUGGUGGCGUUUUUUCUCUUUUUCUCUCUGUCUCAACUGUCGCCCCCGUGUUCAACUCGCGUGCAGGCCCAGCACUACUUGACAGACGAAGCCAAACACAAAGACGAAGAGAGAGAGAUAGAGAGAGAGGAGAGAGAGAGAGGGGAGAGAGAAAGCAAAGCAGAAAAAUAAAAAAUUCUAAAAGCCUUUCCCUUUUUCCUUUUCUUCUUCUUCUUCUUCCGUUUCCCGAUUCAUCAAAAUUUGUAAGCUUUGAUUGCCCUCUCUCCAGAUCUCCAGGUCACAAUCUGUGAUCCCCCUCAGAACCCACCUUUAAAACGACCGCGUUUUGCUGCCCUUCGUCUUCCUCCUCGCAUUCGAUUCGAUUCUUGAGGUGCCCGGCUAUCAGUCAUGGAGGUGCUGAACCUGUGAAGUAAUAUGGAAGUUGUGGUUACGCCAAUAACAACAACAACAACGAGUGGAAGAAGAUGACGCUUUACAUUGGCCGCGAGUCGUCAAAGCUCUGGAAGAGAAUCUGCGCCGAGGUAGUCACCGAGAUCAAUCUCCUCGCCGCGAAUUGGAAGUAUCUUCUCGCCGGUCUAGUUUUUCAGUACAUACAUGGUCUAGCUGCUCGAGGAGUUCAUUAUAUACAUCGGGCAGGGCCAACACUCCAGGAUGCUGGUUUCUUUCUUCUUCCGGAACUUGGGCAGGACAGAGCCUAUAUCAGUGAGACCCUUUUCACCUUCAUCUUCUUAUCUUUUGUAUUGUGGAGCUUCCAUCCUUUCAUUUUCAAGGGCAAAAAGUUUUACACAGUUCUCCUUUGGUGUAGAGUUUUAGCGUUCUUAUCGGCUUCUCAAUUUCUCCGGAUUAUCACUUUCUAUUCCACCCAGCUUCCCGGUCCAAAUUACCAUUGUCGAGAGGGUUCUAAACUUGCCAGGCUGCCUCCUCCGGAAAGUGUAUUAGAAGUCUUCUUGAUCAUUCCGCAUGGUGUACUUUAUGGUUGUGGUGAUUUGAUUUUCUCAUCACACAUGAUAUUUAGUCUAGUCUUUGUGCGCACUUAUCAGAAAUACGGUACACAAAGGUUUAUAAAGCAGUUAGCCUGGUUACUCGUUGUGAUCCAGAGUUUAUUGAUUGUGGCAUCCCGCAAACAUUACACAGUUGAUGUUGUUGUUGCAUGGUAUACUGUUAAUUUGGUCGUAUUCUUUAUCGACAAGAAAUUGGCAGAAUUACCUGACCGGACCAGCGGAGCUGCAUCUCUCUUGUUACCGCUAAGCACAAAGGACAAGGAUGGAAAGACCAAAGAAGAGAACCACAAGCUAUUGAAUGGAAUCGUUGGAGACCCUGCUGAUCGGAGGCAAAGAACUCAAGUGAACGGCAAGACUCUUGAUGAUGUAAACACAGUACACACCGAUGCUACUAUGAACGGUGCAUAGAAACGGAAGGAUUGUCGCUGCUACAAGGUGAUUUGACAUGAUUUGUUUAAUAGGGCCCUGGGUUUGAAUGGUUAUGUAUCGUGUGCGUACGGGUUCUGUGCUGGAAACACAUGACGUGAUUUGUAUUCUAAUGGAAAUGGAAUUUGGUUUAGUUUUCGCUUUUUGCA